CUUCCGUGCCGGAGUGGACGUGCUAAGCGUCUUCAUGUUCAGCGUGCGCAACUUCAGCCGCACCACAUUCGACAUGACCUCCGCUCUGGACCAGGCGAAUCAGAUCCACGUCGAAAUUGUGGACAACGUGGAUGCGUACCGCGCGAUGGGAAUGCAGGCCUGCGCUUGCGGCGACCUCGAGCGGCUGCCCGAAGAGUUGCGCGCCAGCCUGGCCCGUGCUGAGAUCGCCACAUCGAACACACGCGAGAAGAGCCUAAAGCGGCAAAUGUCCUGCGCCGCGUACAACACCACGUACCAGAUGUCCAGGAUGGCCAUACAUCUGGCCAAGGCCGUCAAGGAAGGCGUCAUCCGGUCAGAGGACCUGACCGGCGAGUUCCUGGACGAGUACGUAGCGCUGACCGAGUGUCCCGAGGCGGACCUGCUGCUGCGUUCGGCGGGCGACCAGCGGUUCAGCGACUUCGAGGUGCUGCAGUGCAACUACGCCUACUUUCACUUGGACGCCAAGAAAUGGCCUGCUGUGGGAUUCCUCGACUGGGCACGAGCCAUGAUUCACUUCCAGCUGCACUGGCCGGCCAUACAGGCCAUCAAGGAGAGGCACAGUCGAAUGGCUUCCCACGGCAGCUGCCGAUCGGAUCCCGAGCAAGUGGUACGGCAGCGAACGUUCCUUCGACACGUGCAAGCUGCUAACAUCCUCAACAUGGAACGACUCGCUGGUCUCCGGAAAGACGUGGUUUGCCAAUAAAACUGCACCGGCGUUACUGUAUAGUAACGCCAAUCACACGGC